UUUACAUUAUCCAGAAUUCUUAUUGAAUUGAAUAUACGUGUUUCGUUUUGGUCACCGAUUUUAGUUUUAUAUAAUAUUAUAUAAAUAUUCAUAAUAACUCUGUUAGCGCUUAUUAAAAAUAAGUUUAUAUUGUAACUACGCCGUUAUUUAUCAUUCACCCCUUAGCGCCGCAUAAGGGGUUCCCACUCCCAGGCGAUGAGUAAUACAUUGAUUCAUUGAACGUGUAGCGGUAAGCAACUAAGCAGUCGCCUGUGGUUCGUGAAUCGUCUAUAGCAUUCACGUUCAGCCCACUGCUAGUUGCACAGUGCACACGGACCGCGAGCGGCGCGCAUUCGACAUUCGGCGCACCUUCUAUCGAUCUCGCAGACUCCCACCUCUGUUUCACCUCGGACGACAAUGACUAGUGCGGAUGCUUUACUGAGCGGUCUGGCGAGUGGCGACUCAGCUCCCGGGGCGCCGCCCGAGCCGGCAAUGAAGCGUGACCAGGAUUCACUCGACGACUUCGAACACCUCGACCGCGAGGGAAGGAAGGUGGAGGGCUCGCCUGCGCGGGCCUCCGCGGCAGUCUCGCAGAGCUUUAUCGACAUGGAGCGCGCGCCCUCCGCCACUGAGCGGCUGGAGCACCUGGCCGAUAAGUUCACGGACAGCGAGUCGGACGCUGAGCCGGCAGAGUCACCGCGCCGCGUGCCGCAACCGGCACCGCCCGCAGACACCAACGCCGACGAAGAUCUCUUAGGAUUCAAAUCGACUGAAGAUGACGCGAAAGUCAUCCAAGACAAAUCGAAGGUUGUGCCCGAACCGGCGCCGGUGUCGCCCGCUCCGGCAGCCGUAUCGCCACAGGCGGAGUCCAGCUCGGCAGCCCCCGUGCCGACGGUGGUGCCUGUAGCUGCACCCUCGCCGCCCCAAGUGGACCCGGCACCGCCAGCCGCCAAGGUGACGCCACGCGAGGAGCCGCCUCGAGCCCCCACCGCACACAUCAUCGAGGCAGAAGUCAUCUUCUGUCGAAUGGGACUCGAUGCUUGGUUCGACCCGCAGCGGCUACACCCCGCAGUGGAGUCGCUGGUAUACUGGCGCUGCGCGGCGCGGUCGGGUGCGGCGCUAGGCACAGGGCUGGUGCUCCUGGUGGCGCUGGCCAGCUGCUCCGUGGUGUCAGUACUUGCGUACGCCGCGCUGCUGGCACUCUCCGCGGCCGUGGCCUUCCGCAUCUACAAGAACAUCCUGCAGGCCGUGCAGAAGACCAAUGAUGGCCACCCUUUCAAAUACCUGCUGGACAAAGACAUGACCGUGAGUGUGGAGCGCGCGCAAGCAUUGGCCGCCUCCACCACCGCACACCUCAAUGCAGCACUGCACGAGCUGCGCAGACUGUUCCUGGUUGAAGACCUGGUGGAUUCGCUGAAGUUCGGCGUGCUGCUGUGGUGCCUCACCUACGUCGGAGCCUGCUUCAACGGAAUCACGCUCAUCAUACUCGGUUGGAUAGCCCUGUUCACGCUGCCCAAGGCGUACGAGAUGAACAAGGCGCAGGUGGAUGCCAACCUGGAGCUGGCCCGCGGCAAGAUCAACGAGAUCGUCGCCAAAGUGCGAGCGGCGGUGCCCCUGGGCAAGAAGUCGGAGAGCGAGAAGGACAAGUAGAGUGGUGGGAGGAGUGCGCUGUGAGGUGUGAGCGAGAGGCACGCAUCGAGCUGUUUGUUUGAGUAGCGGCGGAGUUUCACUGUUUGUUAUAUUUAUUAUUAUUGUACUUUUAAAGAACCUACGUUUACGUGUAAAGCUUUAUGAGACGAGUCAUGCGGAGAUUAUUGUAUUUGCUUUUUGAAAUUUUAAAUUAAAAUAACUAUCGAACCUA